AUGGGCAACAUCCUGUAUAAGGUUACAGCACAAGGUGUGGAGACGGGCCAGCAAUUUUAUGGACCCCCCUCUCACGGGUGGAAAAAAAACGAUAGCUUCUUGACCGUGAAGAAAGUGGGGCACCCUAACGAUUUAGAGAGUCUACCAAUCAAAUUUGAACGGUGCAGGCCGAGAGGCAAAAACAAGGAGAGCAUAGCAGCGAGGAAGCAAAAAAGUAGCAGCAUAAAGGAGCAGCAAAAAAGUAGCAGCAUAAAGGAGCAGCAAAAAACUAGCAGCAUAAAGGAGCAGCAAAAAACUAGCAGCAUAAAGGAGCAGCAAAAAACUAGCAGCAAAAAGGAGCAGCAAAAGGAACAUGAAAGCAACUCAACAGAGCGGAACAUGAAAACUGCGCAACGAAGGUGCAUAGCGAAAAGGUCCUAG